AUGGACAACACAACCACAGUUUCUGAGUUUCUGCUCCUGGAAUUCUCAGGCAUCCGGGAACUGCAGGUUCUACAUUUCUUUGUUUUCUUGGUUCUCUACUUGGCAAUAGUAACAGGGAAUCUUUUCGUUAUAUUUGCAGUAGCCUUUGACUGCCACCUGCACACUCCCAUGUACUUCUUUAUCAUGAAUCUGGCUAUGCAGGACCUUGGCCAAAUUUCAGUCAUUAUUCCAAAGUCCAUGAUGAAUGCGCUGAUGAACGUCAGACAUAUUUCUUAUUCGGGAUGUAUGGCUCAAGUCCUCUUGCUUAUCUUCUUUUUAGGGUCUGAUUUCUUUCUUCUCACACUCAUGGCCUAUGAUCGAUAUGUCGCCAUUUGUUACCCGUUGCAAUAUGAAAUGGUGAUGAACAGGCAAGCUUGUUUCCAAAUGAUUGUUAUUGUAUGGUGCAGCAGUUUUCUGUAUGCAGCGAUGCACACCAGUGGCACCUUUGCAGCCCCUUUCUGCUCAAAUGUUGUCAAUCAGUUUUUCUGUGAAAUCCCACAGUUACUUAAGGUUACUUGCUCCAACUUGUACUUCCUUGAAAUUGGAGUCCUUGGGUUGAGUGUUGUCAUUGCAUCUGGCUGCUUUGCCUUUAUCAUUGUAACUUACACACAUAUAUUCAAUGCCGUGUUUCAGAUUCCUUCUGUGCAGAAAAGGAAAAAGGUCUUCUCCACUUGCCUUCCCCAUCUGAUUGUUUUAUCCACAUAUAUAUUUGCUGGCUGUAUUGCCUACCUCAGGCCCAUGUCGAACAGUCCUUCAUACUUGAAUUUGAUAUGUGCUGUGAUCUAUUCCAUUGUUCCACCUUUGGUAAACCCAGUGAUCUAUAGUUUGAGAAACAAGGAGAUCAAAGUUGCUGUUACAGAAAUUUUAUUUCUGAAAUAUUGA